UCACCUCACUGGCAGCAGCAGUUGUUGAAGUGCGAAAUGAUACGCUCGGCACGCUCACCACACCACCGCGCUCGAACAAGCGCUAUGGCCUCACGCACAGUGGCGAAAUCUGCUAUUCCCAUCACAAAUCCCAACCUCGUCAAACCCCCUCUACCAGCUGAACUCAAUGGUACUGCUUCGGAGGUAUCCUCGCCCACAACGUCCGAUAGACCCGCUUCCAGCCCGCCCAUCAAUGGAAACGCAGUUAAUCGGCCUUCAUCCACUGUGGCAGCUCCAGCGGAGGCUUUCCGUCCAACAUCAAUCAUGAAGCCUCCCGAAAACACAUGGAGUUCGCUAGACAUGGGUGGAUUGAAUAUUAAGAACCUUCCUGCAACUUCAGGCCUCUUUACCUUUACUUUCCUCAUCAACCUCUACCUCAAUCACAACGCCCUCUCAUCCGUUCCUCCAGAGAUAUCCAAGCUCCGGCACCUGGAGCUCCUUGACAUCUCCGGCAACAAUCUCUCCACACUCCCUCCCGAAAUGGGUAUGCUUACCCAGCUGAAGGAGUUGUACGUAUUCGACAACCACCUGACCGUGAUCCCUUUUGAAUUGGGGAGCCUGCAUCAACUGCAGACACUGGGCGUAGAAGGCAAUCCGCUGGACGCAACCCUGAAGGCAAUAAUUCAGAAGGACGGUACACCAACCCUCAUUUCCUACUUGCGCGAUAAUUGUCCGACACCUCCAGCGCCUCCGCUCCGAGAGCUGAAGGUGCUUCUCACUGAACCGGAACUGGAGGCCCUGGCCGCCGACCCCAACGCGGAGACGUUCCGCGUUUUAUGUUACAACAUCCUAUGUGAGAGGUGUGCAACGGAGCGGCUGUAUGGGUACACACCUUCGUGGGCGUUGGCAUGGGAGUACCGGAAAGACCUGAUACUAACGGAGAUCAUCAACUCCGGCGCGGACUUUUUAUGCCUGCAAGAGGUCGAUAUAGCUGCGUAUGAGGAUUAUUUCACCAAGAAUCUAGCGGAGCACGGAUAUGAAGGGGUGUAUUGGCCCAAGUCGCGGUCGAGGACGAUGAAUGAGGCGGACCGGAGGCAGGUGGACGGGUGUGCGACGUUUUACAAGGCGGACAGAUACCAGCUGGUGGAAAAGCAUCUGGUAGAGUUCAGCGCAGUCGCCAUGCAACGACAAGACUUCAAGAAGACAGACGACAUGUUCAACCGGGUGCUAGGGAAAGAGCAUCUCGCCAUCGUCUCACUCAUGGAGGACAAAGUCACUGGGACACGGUUUGUCAUCGCCAAUGCGCACAUUCAUUGGGACCCAGCGUACUGUGACGUCAAGUUGGUGCAGGCUGCAUUGUUGGUUGACGAGAUUGAGAAAAUGGCCAGUCACUUUGCCAAGUACCCUCCUCGACCUCCACCAUCAGCAUCAACGUCGUCUAUCGUGCAAGCAUACCGUACACCACCAGUGUAUACAGACGGCACGAAGAUCCCGCUGAUAAUCUGUGGCGACUUCAACUCCAUUCCAUCAUCAGGCGUAUACGACUUCCUGUCAAACGGAACCCUACCUGCUGACCACGUGGAUUUCAAGUCUCACAAAUAUGGCCGGUACACAUCUGAAGGCUUGCGUCACCGUUUUGGCUUGAAGAGCGCGUACGCGGCGCCUGGGGCUGGCGAACCUCCCGUGACGAACUAUGUGCCCACGUUCCAAGGGCACAUUGAUUAUCUGUGGUACUCGGCUGCAAAUUUGGGGGUGAACGCUAUUCUGAGCGGGGUUGAUAAGGAUUAUUUGGAGAAGGUCGUUGGGUUCCCUAAUGCUCAUUUCCCUUCAGACCACGUAUGCAUCGUCGCCGAAUUCCGUGUGAAA